GCCUCCUCAGGAACCUUUUUGUCCCGGCUGGCCCGCCGUGCCGCGCGACCGGAGGGGGUGUGUGUGUUAAGGGAGCGUGGCACGUGGGGGAGGGGCGGCGGUUGAGAUGGGCGAGACCAUGUCCAAGAGGCUGAAGCUCCAUCUGGGAGGGGAAGCAGAGAUGGAGGAGCGGUCUUUCCCCAACCCCUUUGCGGACUAUGAAUCCGCCUCCUCCGUGGCGAUUGCCGCCAGCGUCGCUUCUGAAGAGCAUCCCCCGCCCAUCGGGAAUGAUCUGGGCCUCCCAUUUCACGGCGAUGGGAAGAUCAACUCCAGUUUUACAAAGAAGAUACAGGCCAAGAUCAAGGACCUUCUGCAACAGAUGGAGGAAGGGCUGAAGACUGCUGACCCACAUGACUGUUCUACAUACACGGGCUGGACAGGCAUAGCCCUUCUGUACCUGCAGAUGUACCGGGUCACUUCAGACCAGGCCUACCUGCUGCGAUCCCUGGAUUAUGUGAAGAGAACGCUUCGUAAUCUCAAUGGCCGGAGGGUCACUUUUCUCUGUGGGGAUGCGGGGCCCCUUGCCGUGGGCGCUGUGGUGUACCACAGACUAAAGAGUAACAGUGAAUCCAAGGAGUGCAUCACAAAACUUUUGCAGCUACAGAAAACCGUUGUAAGUCCAGACUCAGACCUUCCAGAUGAACUCCUUUAUGGACGGGCAGGUUAUCUCUAUGCCUUACUGUACUUGAAUACAGAGAUUGGUCCAAACACAGUGUCUGAUUCAACUAUCAAAGAGGUAGUAAAUUCUAUCAUUGAAUCGGGUAAACAUUUAUCCAAGGAAGAACGCAAAACUGAACGCUGUCCACUGCUGUACCAGUGGCAUAGGAAGCAGUAUGUUGGAGCAGCUCAUGGCAUGACUGGAAUUUAUUAUAUGCUAAUGCAGCCAGUAUCAAAUGUGGACCAGGAGACCUUGACAGAAUUGGUGAAACCAAGUGUUGAUUAUGUACGGCAUAAAAAAUUCCGAUCUGGAAAUUAUCCAUCAUCAUUAAGCAAUGAAACAGAUAGAUUAGUCCACUGGUGCCAUGGUGCCCCUGGAGUUAUACAUAUGCUUCUACAAGCCUACAAGCUCUUUAAGGAGGACAAAUAUUUAAAAGAUGCUAUGGAAUGCAGUGAUGUCAUCUGGCAGAGAGGCCUGCUCCGGAAAGGCUACGGGAUCUGCCACGGGACAGCAGGAAACGGUUACUCCUUCUUAUCCCUCUAUCAUCUAACUCAGGAUAAAAAGUACCUGUACAGAGCCUGUAAGUUUGCAGAGUGGUGUUUAGACUAUGGUGCGCACGGCUGCCGUAUUCCAGACAGACCCUACUCGCUCUUUGAAGGUAUGGGCGGCGCGAUCCACUUUCUGUCAGAUAUCCUGGUUCCAGAGACAUCCCGCUUUCCAGCAUUUGAACUUGGCCCUUCACAGAAGGCAAAAAGGGCAGAAAAGGACAGCUAGAAACAUCCAUUUGUACCAAAAGCAACACAAUUGCUUAGUGCCUGAGACACCACCAACUUUGGAUCUUAAAGAAGUUAGCAUCUGCCCUUGUCCCCACAUACACACACUUUGUCCAGAGGACCAUGAGAAGCAUGAACGAAGGAAACCACCACAUCGGUGUUCUGUGGCCAUGUUACCAUCCAUUGUGUAAAAUAUGAAUUCCUUAAACUCUUUUGCCAUUCUUCCCUUCAGGCUCUUUCUGGUAUUUGCAUGUUUUUCGGUGUUGUCUGUGGGUGCGAGUUUGCUGUUCAGUUUGUGUGAAUCCCCUUUCUGCCCUCGCAUGAGUGUUAAUGGCAGCAGCACAUCUCUAGUGAAUAAAGUGGUAUUUCUUCCCCAUUUACAUCCAA